AUGACGGUUGGUGGUGGUGGUGGUGGUGGUGGUGGUGGUGGUGGUGGUGGUGGUGGUCGUCGUCGUCGUCGUCGUGGUCGUGGUCGUGUUAGAGUGCCAAGCUUCGAGGAAUUCUCGAGCCCUUCUUAUGUUAGUCAAUGCGAACAAUUCAGUACCGUACUAAUUGAGCCGGUGAUUAUACUCAAGGGUGUGCGCAAACACGAGAGGCGGAGGGUCACAUCGGAGGACGGCUGGCAUAUGAUCGUUAACGCAAAUCACAAGACGUCGGCCUGUACCGCCAAUAUCAACACAAGGGCAGUUGGCGCACGGAAUGCUGUACUCGAUAUUAUUUUCUUGUUAUUUAGGUACCGGGUCCUUUACUAGGCAUAAUGUUGUGCGUAUGGAGGACGCGUGUGAGCGAUACAGAUGCCUUUUAUUUGUCGGGAGAUUACUGCAGGAUGUUCUUGAAUGUGCGUCAGUGGAUGAGAUCUCUGCGGCACCUUAUCUUUAUCAGAAACCAAAUCUUCAGUGACAGGGUGGCAUAUGCGCCACUUCCUGUAGGUCUAACGAAUAAACACUUCGUGGCUAUCAGGAAGAUGGUGAAUGAGCUUGCUCGUUUGGAGCUUGCAAAUCACAAUGAUUACAGAUCUAUUGCCCACUGGGAUCCCCUUGCCGUACAUGCGCAAGACAGGUGUGCCAUUGAGCAUCAUAGCGCCACUCACUGAACCCCCCAAAUAUAAACUUGCCAAAUUUUCAAACAGUUACCUAAAGCACCUCACUAAUAGAUCGCAACGCAGCAUCAAAUACACUCAGGAUUUUCUACGGAAGAUCCAAAGCCUUGAAGUAAGUACUGACAAAUGCAUCCUAUUGUUCGAUGUUGUUGUCCUGUUUUCCUCAGUGGCCUGAUGCCUGGAGGAAAAUCCCGUUGGAAAUCUAACAUAGCGUGUUAUAGACAUACUUAAGCUGUGUAUCACGAAUUGUUGUUAGUUUGACGACAGGUAUUAUGAGCAGGUUAAGGACACCCAAAUGGGCUCUCCAAUAUAAACGCUUGCAGAAGGAGACACGAUCGCUGGGACAAGAGCUUUAUUAGCCUGACCUUUCGGAUUCAUGCUCGAACACAUCAUCGAAGACGAAAGCAGAUACGGGUGGUUCAUACACAAGGGGCUGCAGAACUUAUAGGAUGCAGUCGCCAUGCGACCGCAUACCUACGAACAUUCAUGGCUCUCCCCUUACUCCGGGAUCGUCGUAUUUGCUGUGCUAAUUGUUUGAUGGCCGAAAUACGCGUCGUUAAUUGCAGCAAUAUCAUCAGGUGCAGUGGAUGUUGGUGUGAUGAUUGCUCGACCAUCUGAUACACCGACCCUGACGUUAGAAUAAGUGUUCACCUGACCGCUCCAGCACGGAGUAUGGAGGGGGAAUAUCAUUGCGCUUGUUGAUGGACUGGGGGCUAGUAAACCAUGAUUCCAGUAGCUCCCGGCUCACGCGGUUGUCACCUCUUGCGAGAAUUUCAGCCUCAUCGAAUUUGAAUGUUUGGCCGGAUCUCGUCAUAUGAGCCGCACCUUGAGAGUUGGCAUCAUUUAUCCGCACCGCUGCAGCGUGUUCGGCCAUUCUCGUUCGUAGCUGUCUUCCGGUUUCUCCGACGUAGUUGCUUUGUCCGCAAGUGCACUAGAUCCGAUAAACGACUCCAGACGUUUCUAGCUGUGGCAGCGGGUGUUUCGGUUUCAUGACCAGAUUCCUGAUGGUUGCCUCCGGUCUGUGUGCAACCCCAACCCAAGUGGUGCGAGAAGGCGGCCGACAUCUUCCGAAACGUUCUUGACAUACAGAAGCGCCCGCCAAGAUUUUUUGUCCGUGCGGUUAGGCCUUUCGUCCCUUUUGCGUAUGCACCGGCCGACGAAGUUGCGCAGGUAGCCAUUGGCUUUGAAGACCCGUCGGAGGAACUGUAGAUCGGAGGUGCGUUUUGACACAACGAUAAAGCGUCCUUAAACAACUGCCUUUGUGGCUGAUCGGGCGGUUACCGUUGAAGUUCAGUACUUGCAUCGUAUUUGUCGCUUUCCAGAACAUUUUGGUUUUUAGUUCACCACAGUCUUUGCGGCAUACGAGGACAUCCAAGAAGGCCAGCUGGUUGUUCUCUUCCUCCUCCAACGUAAAUUGAAUGUCCGGGAAGACGGCGUUGAGAUGUUCUUGGAAUGUCAACACCUAAUCCCGUUCGAUGACGACGAAGGUAACAUCCUCAUACCGGGCCCAGAAUUUCGGUCUGUGGUGUUGGAAGACCAGCGACUCUAA